AGGAAGUGGCUGUCAGCACCGUCGCUGUUGUUGCAAAGUGAAUGAAAAUGCAGCGGUGUAUUUGAGUGAGAAGGGAGCCGCUUUUUAAUUUUAUCGUUUAACGUUUUACAUUUUUUUUUAAAAAAAACAGGAAAAUCCACCGUGAAGAUGCGGCUCUGCGAGACCUGCGCGCUCCUGGGACUUUUGUUCUUGACACUCCUCGAGUUAUCAGAAUGCCUGCAGACGGUGGUCCGAUCAGACAAAGGCUCGGUGGUGACGGUGUCCACCAAGCUGCCUUUGAAUCAGUGUGCUGUGUGUAUAGUCAGUGGGGUGAAUGACACACAGACUUCCUGCCACUCCUCUACCACGCUGGUACCUGAGGAGGAGGUCAAGCUGCUUUUCAACUGCUCCCAGCCGAUUGAACAAUCUUACACUGUCACGAUAACUCGCACCAUUGAAUGUACUAAGAACGCCUGCAGUCCUACAACAGUGGAAACUCAGCCCUCCAUCCUCACAGACUUCACCAGGACCUUUACCUGGGAGCUGAAGGCACCCGAGAAGACAGUUGUGAGUCUGGACAUCCUUGGAGAGGGACUGAUGGAGACAUCACAGCCGUGCCCUAAAGGAUUACAGUAUUCGGUGGCCACAUCCAAAACAAACAGCGAGGGUCAGAGUCAGUACUGUCAAGGCGGUUCUGUGACUCGUUUAGACCUGCCCAAUCAAGCUGCUGUGUCUCUGCAAGUUAAACCAAAAGUGCAGGUGGACUCUGUGCUGUUUCAGGCCUCUGCAGGACCAUUAAAGGGCCGAACGAUGGUUGUAACUGUUGAUUCCAGCACAACUGUGGUCAUUAGCCGGGAUCCUAAGGGACCAGAGUGUGAAGUGUGCACCGUUGACAGCUCCACUCCGAACUGUAGCCCAACAGAAAAGAUACUUACCAACGCUGGAAACUUCUCGCUGGAGUUUAGCUGCCCAAAACCUCAGGACAUGUACAGUGUGAAGAUAAAGACGAAGAUAGAAUGCACCAAGAGCUCCUGCACUCCUACGGCUGGAGAAGUUGAUCCCAACCUCUGGACAGACUUCAAAAGAUCCCUAACGUGGGACAUUAGUGUUCCAGAGAGGACAGUAUUAACUUUGGACUUCCCUGGUGAUGGACUGAAGGAGGCUUCUGGAACAGAAAGCUGCCAAGAUGGCUAUCAGUACUCAGUGAGCACAACUAGAAGUGACGGAAACAUCAAAGCUAAAAGCUACUGCAGAGGCGGGACAGUGUCUCAUCUGGAUCUGUUUGGAGCGACAACUGUGACUGUUGAAGUGCCCAAAGGAGGAGAACUGGAUCAGACAAUGUUCAAUGUUAAAGCAGCACCAAGAGGUGGCAGAAUGAUGUCAGUGACCCCUGACCCCAACACCAUCAUUAUCAUCAGCAGGGUGACCAGUGAGCCAGACUGCAGUGUGUGCGUGAAUAAGAUGUCCAAACAGAUAUGCAAUCCAAGCCGUCAAAAAAUUACUGAUCCUCGCAACACCUCAGUGGAGUUCACCUGUCCUCAGCCUCAGGAUAUUUUCACUGUGGAGAUCAACAGAGAAAUUGACUGCACAGAUACCUCCUGCUCUGGUGACAUUGUUCAGGCCGAGUCCGAACUGUUCCCAGACUUCAACCGGACCUUCACCUGGGACUUGAAAGUUGUCGCCACUCGAGCUUUUCAACUGGACUUCCCAGAACCGGGAAUGCGACAGAUUUCCAACAAGGAGACCUGUCCAGAUGGGCACACGUACUCUCUUGUUAUCUAUCUGCGCGGUGGGCCAGCAGACAUUGGUACCUUUUGCAAAGGGGGAAAUGUGACCACCAUCCUGGCAAGAUACAAGGGCCGUGUGUCUCUGCAGGUGCCUGGGAACACGAAGCUGUACCCUGUUGACUUUAAACUCAAUGUUGGGCCUGAGACCAGCAUGUUGGCCAUAGUGAAAGUCAAUCUACCACGAGGUGAAUCAGACACUGACUUCAUCACGCCCAACUAUCCCGGUGAUUUCCCUGAUAACCAGCAGAUGCAGUGGGACUUCACAGUGCCCGGCAUGCACAACUAUUCAGUGCAGUUUCGUGAUCGCACCUCCCCAGAGUGCCUUAAAGGAGGAGUGGCGGUGGAGUACCAGAAAGAGGACAAGAAGGUGACCAAAUUGACUCUCACGGAUCCUCAGCCGCAGCAUCAACAGGGCAGCUUCAACAUGGUGCUCAAGAAUUGUGAAACCAACAGGACACUACAAGGACUCACCUUGAACUUCAGAAUAUCUGUGAUGAGGAGUGGGCAUCCAGUUCUUUGUACGGUGGAUCUAACCAAACAGCAAGGAGUGUCCUUGAAGAUAGAGAAGGUGGGUUCUGAUCCAUAUUGUGAAAUGAGCAUUAACUCCAAGGUUGAAGAGAAGAUAAACGUGGCUGCAGGCACAAAGGCCAGCCUCUCCUUCCUCGACUGUCCAAAUGAAGAUGUGCGCCUGACAGCUAGUGAAGUUAUCAGUUGCCAAAAUGCGGCGUCGUGCCCUGUGACUCUCCUCACUGUGCCCAAACUGGAUUCCUGUCUGCCAAUGCCCCUCCACAGCUUCACCUGGCACCUCAGCAUGCCUCACGACAGCACAGUGGAUCUUUUGUCGCCCACAGGGAGUCUCCAGCAGUCCCUGCCUGGCCGGGGGUGUAAUCAGUCUGUGUCAUUGCAUGUGGCAGAGGAGGAUGGGUUUUCUGUUGGAGAUUUCUGCUUUAAUGGAAACAUCCAGAAAGUUCAGGUACAUGCCAACGUCUCCGUCACAGCUACGGCCCGCGACUUCAACAAGACCAAGGGGCCUUUCCUCAAUGUCAGCUUCAGUCAGGAGAUCUCAGAGACCAUUAUUUACAGAGUCAGCCCUAACACGUUGACUCCGAACCUGCUGGCCACUCCCAACUGGCCUGAGGGCAUGAGGCCUUCCUCUACCGUGUCCUGGAUCGUCACUCUGCCGAGCCAGUACCAGGCACACAUGCAGUUUGUCAACGUCAGCCAGCCCAAAUGCCUCGACUGGCACACCGCCAUCACGGUGAAGAUGCUGGGCUACGAGGAGGAGAUCCUGAGCCGCAGGGAGGACGAGCAGGCGAAGGACAAAUUAUUGGUCCCACAGAGUUUCUACCUCAACAUGUCCAACUGUAUACCUGAGGAGGGACACUUUGGUGCAGUGACUGAAAUUGUCCUGCAGAAGAAGACCAAUCUCUUGGCCAUAAUCCUCGGGAUAGCAGGAGCUCUGCUUUUGCUGAUUGUAGUGCUAGCUGUAGUGUGCAUCAUCACAAAGAAAAAGAAAAAAGGAAGAAUGAACCAGGAGUCUUCCAUCUACAUGGGCAAAGGGAAUAUCUUCCGCCCAGGUGACAGGCACUUCACCAAAACCCGAUCUGACAACGAAUCCCAUGUCUAUGCCUCCAUAGAUGAGACGAUGGUGUACGGACAUCUGCUGGGUGACUCCAGCUACACUGACAGCAUACAAGACAGCUUCAAAGGGAUUCAGGUGGACUCUUAUCACACAUUUACAGGCCCCAGUGAUGGACAGCUGCCUGUAAUCAAAGAACCGGAUCCAGAGCCCGAGAUGGAGAAGAUGUUCUUGGACCCCUCUGAGACUUUCAUCCCAUCCCGUCCGCGCACCCCCAUCAACCGGCAGGACAGCCUCGGCUUCCAGGACCGCAGGAUGGUGGACAACGAACUGUACACGUUCAAAAGCACAGGGGACAUAAACACAAUCCGGCUCUCUGGUGUUGACAUGGAGCCGCAGCCGCCAAUAAACGAGGAGUCCUUGUAGUGCGUUAGGAAUGUGGCUGCAUGGUGGACCGCUGUUACCCUAUUCUUGUCACAGCACAGCGUUGGUCUGUGCUGAUGUGAACUUUUGUGCCUCGAUCACGCUCAGUGAGUUAGAUUAACUUUUAAUGUGGUGUUUGUCGCCUUUGUCAGGACUCAGUCAUUUUCUAAAGCUUCAAGAAUAGAAGCGGUGAUCCACUUCUUUAAGGGAGUAGUUUGAUAGAAAGCAAAUAUUCCCCAAAAUGUCGAACUACUCCUUUAAUGUUUGAUUUUGUGAAAUUUCUUACCAUGUGACAUGGAUUCAACAGCAGGGACCAUGGAAAGAAAUGUGCAAGUACCUCUGGUCUUUGUUUUUAAAAGUGUUUUUAUAUAGUGUAAUAGUCUUGUUUUUUUUUUUCAAAGAGAUUUGUUUUUUCUCUACCUGGUAAUAACAGCUUAGGCUUUUUUUUGCAAUAAAUUCUAGUUAAAUGGC